AUGUAUCUGCCCCAGAAACGGGCCCUCAGCCGGAAGAACGGCAUCUUCAUCGUCUGUGCCUCCGUCAUCCUUUUCGUGCUGGCCUCGUGUACGGCCCUCUAUUUCGGGGCUCGAUGGCUGCGACAGCGGCACUACAAUCCGAAGUAUAUCCCCGGACAGUACUUCAAGCGGAAAUGGAAACAUUGGUGUCCCGGCAGCGCCUCCUACGGCCAGGUCCCCAACCAGGGAGCAGUAGCUGCGGACAAUGAUACUUCAUAUCACGGGGGAGGCGGCAUGAAUCCGGAGAUGACGACUGCGACCACGGCCACGACCAACAACGACGGCGUGCAGCGCGAGACAUCGAUUCGAUCCAUCAUUACGCUCCCUCCCUACUCAGCCAGCCCCAAGCCGACCGAACAAGUCGUUGCCCGUGAAGGCGAACGAGGCGGCAUGGACAUGGUCGUCGAAUUCCCCGAGACCAACGAAGAGCAAGAAACUCGCCGCGAAGAGCAGAUGGAGGCCUUGUAUCAGCUGCGCUUGCAACGACGUCAAGAACUGGCCGAUCGUGAAGCCCGUCGCCGCGAGCGACGCGAGGCACGAUCUCGUGGUGACUCGAUCCGACUGGAGCAGUUGGCCGCCGAGUCUCGUGCUCGCAACAACCGCCGUCGCGAGGGCAGCAACACCUCGCUGAGUGCGUCCGCAGUCGUUGCAGAUCACCAAUCACGCGAGCGAGAUCGACGCAUCUCGGCCGUGAGCUAUGCAGACAUUGGUCAUGUUCGACACGAUGGCUCUCGUCUUCGCGCCGACUCGCACGACUCUGACCACCACCCGCUCCUGCAGCACGCCUCCAGGGACACAACGUCUCCCUCUCUCGCCGAGCCAUCCAGCAUGAACUCGCGAGUGCAGUCGAUGUCCUCCUCCAUCCUGACGACCGACACAGCCGCAACGGAGAUCGAUCACUGGGACCUGCACCCUGUCUCGACGCGCGGAUCCGGCCACCCAACACCCCAGAACGAAGAAGGCGACAUCGGCACCCUGAACAUCGUCCCUCCACCACCAGAAUACGAAUAUCUCGACUGGGGCGACGCACCCGCCUACGAGAGCCCCGUCCGCGAACGCCAGGAAGAAUCCGAACGCCUCACUCCCCUCCUGACACGUCUUCCCUCAAUCCACGUCAACAUUGCAAGCCCCAUCACCAUUUCCCCAGUGACGCCGACAGGACUGCAACCGCAAGGAGCAAACAACGACAACGACCCGCCAACGCCCACAGAGUCCAUGCAGGAACGAGGCGCUGUUUCAAGCGACCCAGGAUCCACCACCGUCCACGCCGGCGUUUCAUGA